AUGGGAGACUUCCAUAUAUUGCGCACUGCGACGACUGUUUUUGUGCUAAUAUGUUUUGCUCGCGCUGACAACUACGAAUGCCCUCAAAAAUGUGAUUGCUUGAAACAAUAUGUGGACUGUUCAGGAAAGAAUUUGGUAACGGUGCCAACUAUUCCUAAGUGGGUGGAACAACUCGAUCUAAGCCAUAACAAAUUGAACGAAGGCGUCACGGAAGGGUUUGAUAAGUUACUCUCACUAAAAAUAUUGAAAUUAGAUAAAAAUUCUUUACGAAAUAUUCCCAGUUUCCUUGGACAGGAUCAAGUACAAGAUGUUAGUCUAAAUAAAAAUGGUAUCUCAAUUAUUGGCACCGGUCGGUUUCCCACUAACUGCUCUAUUAGAUCAUUGAGUUUAAAUAGUAAUCAUAUAAAACUUAUACAGGAUGAAGCUUUAAAUAAUCUGACAAACCUAGUCACUUUGAAGUUAAACAGAAACGAAAUAUCAUCCCUCCCGCACCAUUUGUUUAUGUAUCAAUCUAAUUUAAAAACAUUAGAGCUAAAUCACAACAAAUUAUAUAUUAUCAAUGGCCUACUUUUUCAAGGAUUAUCUAAUUUGACAACUUUAAGGAUAAGAUUCAAUAGCAUAGAAAACAUAAUGGAUGGAGCAUUUUUGGGAUUUAAAUCCGUGAGUGUUCUGCAGCUGGAUCACAACAAAAUAAAAAAUAUUUCUAAAGGUUGGAUGUAUGGACUUGAAUCAUUGACAACAUUAUCAUUAUCAAAUAACUUAAUAUCACACAUUGAUAUUGGUUCUUGGGAAUUGUGUUCAAAUUUAGAAGUUUUGGAUUUAUCUCAUAAUUAUUUAAUUCAAAUAGAAGGCAGAAGCUUCCAGCAUUUGGUUAAUCUACACACAUUGAAUUUAAGCAAUAACAAUAUAUCCUCUAUAUCUCAAGAAGCAUUUAGUCACAUAAUAAAAUUAAAAACAUUGUUCUUGAAUGGUAACAAAAUAUCAUGGACAGUUGAAGAUAUGUCUGGACCAUUUUCAAAGUUGCAAAACUUAGAAUUAUUUAGUUUGUCUUCUAAUCACAUUAAAUCCAUUAGUUCUAGGGCUUUUGAAGGACUGACCAAUCUAGUUGAAUUAGAUUUGAGAAGCAACAACAUCACAUCUAUUCAACAACAUGCAUUUGAUUCACUAAGCAAAAUAAGAAAGUUACAUCUGAAUACUUCAUCUUUGCUUUGUGACUGCAAUAUAUUAUGGAUGGUGAAAUGGAUUAAAGAAAAGUUGGAACAAAAAUUUGUUACUGCAACAUGUGCUUAUCCAGCUGAAGUAAGGGGAACAUUACUGUCGAAACUAAAAGAAGAAAAUUGUGGAGAUUCACCUAAACCUAAAAUAGUCAGCCAUCCUAAGUCCCACUUGGCAAUUAAGAACCGUUCAGCCAAUUUAGUAUGUUCAGCAACAUCAAACCCUUUUAGCAAUAUGACAUUUUUAUGGAGAAAAAACAAUGGAAAUAUUAGUAACCCUGUAGUAUAUGAAAAUGUUACAUUAACAAAUAAAGGACAACAGGCAACUUCAGUUUUGGUAAUCCCGGAUGUCUCGCACAUAGACUCUGGAAAAUACCAAUGUGUUGUCAGCAAUAAGUUUGGGACAACAUACUCUACAAAAGCUAAAAUGAAUAUUGUGACAUUUCCUAGAUUUUUGAAAACACCUACAAAUGUUACUGUUAGAACUGGUGAGACAGUGACACUAAAUUGUGCCGCUACAGGUGACCCCCCACCAGAAAUUUCAUGGAAAAAAGAUGGAGGAAAUGAUUUUCCUGCUGCUAGAGAAAGAAGAAUGAAUGUAAUGCCUACUGAUCAUCUGUUUUUUAUUGUAAAUGCAAAACCUACAGAUAUGGGUGUUUAUAGUUGUGCUGCUAAAAAUCCUGCAGGAACCAUAAUUGCAAAUGCAACACUUAGUGUCUUACAAGAACCAUCAUUCAUCAGGGUUAUGGGUAAUAAAGAGGUUACAAGUGGAGAACCAGUUGUUUUGGAGUGUAUGGUGCAGGGCUCUCCAAAGCCCUCAUUGAAAUGGUCAAAAGAUGGAAUUCCUAUUGCUCCAUCUGAAAGGUAUUAUCUUGCUGGAAAUAAUCAGCUAUUGAUAAUCAUUGGAGCUAAAUCAAGUGAUGCAGGGCAUUAUGAAUGUGAAAUUACCAAUGACUUGGGUUCAAAGAAGGAAAUAAUAGAGUUAAAAGUUUUACCACCAGUUGCAAUUAUGGUCAAAGAAGAAAAUAUGACAGGUAUCAUAAUUAUAACGGUGGUUUGCUGUGCAGUCGGAACCUCUAUAAUUUGGGUAGUUAUUAUUUACCAAACGCGCAGGCGUAUGGCUGGUGCCAUGUGCAGCUACCCAGCUGAGAGUGUGAAAAUGACACAAGUAGUGCAUAGUGAUAGUGAUUCACCCCAUUUGUUCCCUGAUAAUAUAUCUGAACACUCUUCAUGCAAAGACAGUGGAACAGGGGACUCUGCAAAACAAACUAGUUUUGAUGGUGUGCCCACCGAUAGAAGUGAACCAGUGCAUUUUGAGACUGCUGUAUGUCAUAGUUAUUCCCCAGUGCCAGAAGCCCACAAGCUUCUUCCCUCUUCCUUUAAGCCAUCUAUUCAACCAGGUUAUGGACCAGCGCAAGGAGGUCAGUUGGAAAUUGGACACGGUCCCUAUCCAUCCAUGGGCCCCGCAGGAACAGUUUCGCCCCAAGUACAACAAUGGUUUCGAGCUGUAGACAAAGAUCAAUCUGGUUUUAUUACGGCUCUAGAAUUGAAAUCUGCAUUAGUAAACGGUCAAGGACAGACAUUUUCUGAGACAGCCUGCAAUUUGAUGAUAGGUAUGUUUGACAAAGAUCUAUCCGGUCAUAUAAACUUAGAGGAGUUUGAUAAGUUGUAUACCUACAUAAAUCAAUGGUUGGCUGUAUUCAAAACGUAUGACACCGACCAGUCGGGGCAUAUUGAGGAGCCAGAAUUGACCCAAGCGUUGGGUCAAAUGGGAUUCCGAUUUACUCAAGAAUUUAUCAAUUUCUUGACGAAACGGUGUGGUCCAGAAGGAAAGAUAUCUGUUGACAAUUUUAUUGUUCUGUGCGUUCAAUUGCAACGAUUCACGGAAGCAUUUAGAGUACGGGAUACGCAACAAAAUGGAACUGUCACUAUUGGCUUCGAAGACUUUUUAACUGUAGCGUUGAGUUGCUCUAUUUAA